AUGGAUCCUGAGCUGAAAAAAAAGGUGGAACAGUCAAUAUUUCCUACUCCAGGUUCUUGGAAAUCCAGAGGUAGUGAAAAAGAAAUUGCAGACAUGGAGUCAGUACUAACACGUAAAAAGAUAACCUGUAAAUGGGAACUUUCCAAAGAGAGGCUUCAAAGAAAAGCAAAGUUUGAUCAUUCAAAUUCAAAAUCAAUGAAAAAUCAAUACGUGAGCUUAGAACCACUUCCUAAAGAAAAAUUUGAGUGUAUUAAUGUAUUAAUAAGGGAUGCAAGCGUUCAAACUACAGGAAAAAUGGCCAAUAUGGAAACACAAACUGAUGUACAAAUCAAAGUUAAUAAUUGUAUUGAGUCCAUUGCUGUAAAAGAAGAAUUAUUUCAGUUGCAAAGUCUUCCUAAUUUAAAUGAUAAGCUAAAGGAUUUUUUAAAAAAACAUGUACCCAAGUACUUAUAUACUGCGUUAUCUAUACCUAUAUAAGAAUCGUAAAUU